GGCGGUGGCAGCAGCAACAACAACAAUGGCAUUUGUUUUGUAAAUAAUAACAACAGUAACGAACUUAAUUUGGUUUGUUGCAACAAUACCAACAACAGUGAUGAUGGCCUGACUGGCAACAAACUCUUAAACGAAGAUAAAGAAUUAUUGAACGUAGCGCGGCGUUUAUACGCUAAAUGUAGCGAAAAUAACGAAGUAGUACGAUUACCACAAUAUCCACCGAUUCAACUGCUGCAACAGCAGGGACAUUUGCGACCCCAGCCUCAUCAUCAGCGACACCAACGGCAAGUUCACCAUGCUGAAUAUUUGCAAAGUACGCCAACGCUCCUAUUCUACAACAACCAACAGCAGCAACUACUAUCGGUCGCUUUACCGAAACCUCAAAACUCUAAUCAAGAGCUGGCCAGCCUAAGGCAACAAUAUCAAAGUCGACAACAACAGCAAACAAAUCCACGCGAAUACUUCCUUCAACAACAAAAUGGCCAGGUCCAUGGUCGUCAAGUCCUGUGUUUGGAGAAGAAUGCACCAACGGUGGAAACGACUUAUACAUCGCAUGAUUUUGGGUGCUACGAUACACCAACGCCCACAAAAAGAAAAAAUAACAUGAUUACGGAUGUCAAUCAAAUGCGCCCUGUAUAGUAUUAAUUAUGUACACAUGUGUUCUAGCAAA